AUGACCCAUACUAAAAUACCACAGAUGAGUCAGACCAGAAUACCGGGUCAUAAAAGAGCCAUGUCAAGCCCGCCCGGGUCUGCCACCAAAAGACUGCACAUCUUAGAGGACGUCACAAACACAAAUUCGAUUGCCCGUCUUCCUGGGACCAAGAUGUCUGUAGCCGUUGAUUCAAAUACCAGACUUAUGAACAAAUAUUACUACGGUGACCCAAAGGUAAUAGAAGCUGUGAAAGUACGAGAACGGAAGAUAGCGCGUGAUAUCCAGCACUUUCGAAAAUCUAUAGCUGAGAUCGACGCAGAGACCAAGCUUAUACAGGAGACAAACCUCCCUAAUCUCGAUUAUGACAUGUCAAAGAAAAACACUUUAUGCAACGAGCUGCGAAAGGAGCUGGUACAGCUAACAACCAGCCUCGAUGAGAAAAACGGUGAGUGCGAACUCAUGGAAUCUAAUUGGGAACUCACCGUGAAACAUUUGCAGCUCGAGCACGAAGUAAAUUUGCAGAAGGCAAGGAACGAAAUAGAUCAAGCAUUAUGCGAAGCCAGGGAACGCUGGGAAGAGAAGCUUCGAGAAAUGGAAAAUUUCAGGCCAGAUUCGGGAAUAAUUGAAGAGAUUGAAGAGUUGAAAGAAGAGAGGUUGCAGGAAGAAAAAAAGCUUAACGCUCUGGAGGCAAGCAAUAAACGAGCAUGUACCAUGAGGGAUCAAGAGCUAGAUAUCGAGUUUCAAAAGUUUCUCCUGGAGAAGCAAAAACCUUCCGAAGAAUUGCGAGAGAAGUGUCAGGUCCAAAGGGAGAAGAACAAACAACUCACCGAGGAAAUUUUAUGUUUUGAAAAUCAACUAGAAGAAAGCACUAGAGACUGCGCUCGGCUCUACGAAGCAAUCACUAGAAUAGAAAAAUUAAUUAAAGCAUGCCUGGAGGAGCGCGAAGAGCUUCUGGAGAGGAGAACCAAGGUCGAAGCAAGUUUCAGGGAGACAGAGCUUACAACACAAAAAGUUCAGACCGAAGCCUCCGCAGUUGAGUCAAAAUACAACGCUCAGUUCGACAAAAUGGAGAAGGAGCAACUACGCAGGCGAAAAAUGGAAAACUCAAUUGACGAAAUGCGAGCGAAGGUUAGAUGCUUUGCAUACAUUGGUGACAAGGUGCCCCCCUCAUGUGAGAUAGACUACCCGGCAAAGAAAAUAUCCAUGAUAGGAACAAAUAGUGGACAAUCAAGCGUAUUCAGCAGGAUUAUACCUCGGAAGCUUAUUCCAGAAAAGGACCUUAUAGGUCAAGAAUGCCAAGCAUACCUCGAUAUGUGCACCGCCAAGGGCCUAAACUGCAACAUCAUAUCAUUACCCACCGAUCGACAGCAGCACUUGAGAGAGUGUUUCUUGCAGUAUUUUGUAAAUUCCAACACGCACAAAUUGAGCGUGCAGUACGUUGCGCUUUCAGAGAAGAUGCCCUCCUCUGACUUGCUGGUAGAUCCAGAAGAUAGUAAAGGCGAUGAACUCCAGCUUACUAUUAAGGAGGAUGCUAUCGAAAUGAGCUCGCGCUCAGUCGAGCUUGAAUCACCGCAGGAUAUCACAGAUGCAUUUAGUGGGCUUGAGUUGCAUUCAAGGGUCGGUGAUAUAAGCGUUAUGAAGUUGAAAGUAUACAACAAGAGCGAAGACUAUUUUGACGCUUACUUUCUAGAAAUUAACGAUGAUCAAACGAUUAAGAACAUCAGCAAUCUAUCAAACAAAAACCGAUUCGUCAAGACACCAAUUACCAUAAUUUUACAAACUCUUCUUCUGAAAACAAAAUCCCUGAUUCUUUGUAAUCUGUUUGACGGAAGAACAAGCGACCCUUGUCUUGUGCUCGAAUCAGUGCACCAAAUAGGUAGGUUAGAUGUUCCUCGGAAAUUGAACGAGCGUUAA